CCCGAUAAGAACCACGACUUGACCGCGCUAACCUCAUUCGGAAUGGCACCUCAUUUUCCCAAUUCCAUCACUUUACUUUAUCGCUGCUUCGCUCCUCUUCGGUCCCUCAUCUCUGUAUACAACAACCCACACGUGUCUUGUUACCAGCGACCGCGAAUACACCUCCUCCUACCGCCAAGAUGACGCCUGCUCCACUAACCAAAACUCUCGAAUUCGAGAAAAAGAACCAGAAGAUGCCAAAACUCCCCAAACAUGUGAAAGUCAAAAAGCGCCCCAUCCCACAUCCCUCCACUCCCUCCCCGUAUUCGGGCUCCUCAUCUCCCAAAACCAUCUACGUUUCAUCCAGCUCCCCCACAAUGGGCGUCGUCAAGCGCGUCCAGAAGUACCUUCGGGCGGCGGAGAACCGCGCCACGGCAAAAUUGCUCAGCGGAAACAACAAAGGAAAGAAGGGCGACCGAAGGAAUCAAAUAACACAAUUGGCGCAGAGUAACGAAGCGCUGAAGAAAGAGGAGGUGUUUGUGAAGGCUACGGGACGGGCAAUGGAGAGGGCCUUGAAGGUGGGGAAGUGGUUUGAGGCGAGAGGAGAGGAGUAUACUGUGAGCGUGAAGACGGGGAGCGUUCUUGUGGUCGACGAUGCGGUAGAGGAAAGUGAGAGGUUGAAAAAGGAGGUUGAAGAAGCGAAGCUGAAGGAUGGGAAUGGUGAUUUAUCCAAGUCAGCGAUGCGAAAGAGAAAGAGAGCCGUUGCGCGGUUGGAGGGCGAGGAAGAGCUGCCCGAGACUAGGACGAGGUGGGUGAAUAUGGUGGAGGUGGCGGUUUCGUUGAAGUGAGGUUCCCCGUGAGAUGGUAUGGAAAGGAAAUGAAAUGGACGAUACGAAGCCAGGCGGCACGCUGCUGAAUAUACCAGCCAGGCG